AAGCAAAGCAAAACUCGAGCGUGUGCAUGCAAAGCAGUCAGUCGUGGAGCAGAAGCAGCAGUAGAAAGCAAGCCGGCGCGUUAUCAUCUCGGCCAGCUGCACCGUGUGUGUGUGCUUGUGUGUCUGUAGGGUGUGUUGAGAUUUCAGCCCUCUCCACUUUAAAACGGACAGUUUGGAGCGGAGCACCAGCCGGCCGUCCAUCUCGUGAAAACGAAAGCGGUGUCAGCGCCGAGGGCUUCGCAGCGUUCACAUGCAGCUCUUCUGGGUCCUCCAUUUUCCACACUGAGAUCGCUUCUCAGCCCAGCCGGGCCAGUUGAGUCUAUGGUGCUCUGGGAGAUGGCAGUGCAGGCCACAGAGAUGACCGUCAUCACGUCUGGACUCAGCCCUCUACCGUCCCCAUCAAGGCAGAGCCAGUGGGACAAACGUGCAGAUGUGGCCGUCAGGGAGCCUCUGCCAAGUCCGCCAGGUGUGGUCUUGAGCUCCGAGUCCAGCCCCACCUCCCAAUCCAGCGUGAGCUUUCAGUCCAGUUCCGGAGAGGACACCGACAACGAGGAGACGAGCAGCACGGAGAGCGCCCGCAGCAGGGCACCACCAGAAAAGACGACUGGACACAAGCAGCCCAGCAGCCACAAGCUAACUCAGCAUCCCCCGGUGACCACCCUGGCAGCCAAGCUGGAGCGGCACAUUGCUGACCUGGAGCAGCAGAGGACCGAGAACAGAAUUGAGAUGGAGAUGGAACAAGCGCUGCUGGAGGCCGAGCUGCAUGCUGAGACAACUGAGCUCAAGAAGGAGUCGGAGAGACUGGAAAUGCUGCAGAAGAAGCUGGCAGACAUAGAGGAGCGCUACAGAGUCGAGUGGGAGAAGGAGAAAGCCCAGCUGGUGGAGGAGCGACAGAGGCUAGAAGGGCUAAAGCAGCAACUCAAGGAGAGCAGAAAACAACUGGCAACACUUCCAGAGGCACUGAGGAAGCAGAAGCAGAAGAAGCUGAAUGAGGAGACUGAAACUCUGGAGGCUGCCGUGAAGGCUUUUGAAGACCUGGAGUUUCAACAACUGGAGAAGGAGAGCAGCUGGGAGGAGGAAAGAGAGGCUUCUCAAAGACGCAUCCUUCUCGAGGUCUCAGAGCAGCAACACCGGCUCAACUCCAGAAAGGAGCGCGUAUUAAAACUGGAGGAACUUGUGAACCAAAUCAGCCAGCAAGCCGAAGCCGAGAGCCGACGACUGAGCCACGACAAGAGAGAGGCGGUGAAAAUGCUCAACAUGCAUUUACUCAAGGAGAAGACUGAAGUGACCACCAGUCUGACGGGCUCAGCGCCCUGUGUGCUGUCCAUCACCAGCCUGUCCGUUCCCAGCUCUUUGAAGAGUCCUUUGCUUGAUAUGAAUGGCACUUCCAGUUUACAGAGGAGACGGAGUCAGCAGAACAGCAGGCCUUCAGACAGACCGGUGUCAUUGCAUGGCUCGCUUGUAAAUGGCAGUUCUUCACUCACUGUUUCUCCACCUCACAACCAAGUGGCCAUGAAGCAACAGUGUGAGAAUCUACAGAGAAGUCCUCACUCUAAGUCACCUCCCAGCAAUUCUCACUGCACUGAAGUGUCAGUCGUUGGCGAGAUGUCACACAAGACAGCCCCCUGCAGGACAACAGCAGUGGAAAGGGAUGGCACUGGCAUCCCAAGCAUAGCUGAAAUGGAGCGUAAACUCCGGGAGGCCAAGGCAGAGAAAGAGCGCCUCCUGAAGGCCAAGGAGGCAAGGCGUCAAGCCCAAGAAGAUGCCAAGAAGGAGGAGCCAAUCUCAAGUCCUCCGCCAGAGACUCUAAAUGGCUUGCCUGAUCUCAAUGCUGAGGAUGACAUGGAGCCACCUGCUUCUCUAAUUAGCUCUUCAACAUUUAAUCUGAGGUCCCACCUGGAGUCCCUGGGUCACGGAGUAGAAAUGUGCACUCACGUCAGUGUCUCAGAUCGUAAAUGCAAAGGUUUUCUCACUAAGAUGGGAGGCAAGAUCAAAACAUGGAGGAAGAGGUGGUUUGUAUUUGAUGGAGACAAAAAGCGCCUGGCUUACUUUUCUGACAAAGAAGAAAAUAAGCUGAAAGGAGUCAUCUAUUUCCAAGCCAUUGAGGAGGUUUACUAUGAUCACUUACGCAGUGCCACAAAGAGCCCCCACCCCAAACUGACCUUUUGCGUAAAGACUUAUGACAGACUCUUUUUCAUGGUUGCUCCAACACCAGAGGCUAUGAGAAUUUGGAUGGAUGUAAUCGUUACAGCAACAGAUGAGCACAGGCGCUACUGAACCCAUAAAGGACAGACUGUUACAGACAAGAGUGCUGCUGUGCCUUCUGCAAACAGAAGACAGGUCAUCGGGGAGGAGGAUCGACAAGUGUUGUGACCUCCUGAGCCACCAGACAUGGCGUCAUGUCUCCUUCCAGGAUUACUUUGGAUGUACAAAGAACCUGGAGCGUGUGAAUUACAGAACAGUGGAACCAGGAUCAUGCAGGCUGUGUCUGCAUAUUAAAGGUCCACCAUGCCUGAGAAAACAAAGCUGGUGACAGUUGGAUUACAAAUGAGACUGCUAAUUUAUUUCAGUGACAUCAAAAGGGCUUAAGUGGAUGCGAAAUUAUUCACUCAUUUUAUAUGGAGCAAACAAGUUAUAUUUGUAAAGUGAAAGUACAUUUCAGUUCUACAGAUAUCAGCAGUAACUAUGGAUGAUGAGGAGAAUAAAAUACUUUAAUGA